CCGGGCGCCUGUGUGCGUUCGCUCGCCCUUGGGCUUUCCUGUCUGUGUGUGCCCCCGGCUUCGAACCGUUCCUUUGGGAGAGGGAGGAGAGGCUGCUAGGAGCGAGAGACCGACGGGCGGGCAGAAGAGAAGAAGGGAGGGGAAACGAGGGGGGGACCUGGCCGGGGGAGGAGGGUAGAGGCGAGGAGGCGGCUCUGGCAGCGCGCGGCGGCGGCGGCGGCAGCAGCGGCAGCGGCAGUGGCGGCGUAGAGAGCUCGGACUAGAAGCCCAAAGCUUGGCUGGGCAGCGGGAGAGGAGGAUCCGCAGAACUGCAGCUCUGCCAGCUUGGGCCGAGCCUAGAGACACCAGCCUGGCUAGUCCACGCCAGCCGCAGACCGAGGCUGAGCAUGGAGCUAUCUCCCCGCAGCCCUCCCGAGAUGCUGGAGUCGGAUUGCCCGUCGCCCCUGGAGCUGAAGUCAGCCCCCAGCAAGAAGAUGUGGAUUAAGCUUCGGUCUCUGCUGCGCUACAUGGUGAAGCAGUUGGAGAAUGGGGAGGUGAACAUCGAGGAACUGAAGAAAAACCUGGAGUACACAGCUUCUCUGCUGGAGGCUGUCUAUAUAGACGAGACACGGCACAUAUUGGAUACGGAGGAUGAGCUGCAGGAGCUGCGGUCAGAUGCUGUGCCUUCAGAGGUGCGGGACUGGCUGGCCUCCACCUUCACCCAGCAAGCCCGGGCUAAAGGCCGGCGAGCAGAGGAGAAGCCCAAGUUCCGAAGCAUCGUUCAUGCUGUGCAGGCUGGGAUCUUCGUGGAACGGAUGUUCCGGAGAACAUACACAUCUGUGGGUCCCACCUAUUCCACGGCGGUCCUCCACUGUCUCAAGAACCUGGACCUCUGGUGCUUUGAUGUCUUUUCCUUGAACCGAGCAGCAGAUGACCACGCCCUGAGGACCAUUGUUUUUGAGCUGCUGACUCGGCAUAGCCUCAUCAGCCGUUUCAAGAUUCCCACUGUGUUUCUGAUGACUUUCCUGGAUGCCUUGGAGACAGGCUAUGGGAAGUACAAGAAUCCUUACCACAACCAGAUCCAUGCAGCUGACGUCACUCAGACAGUCCAUUGCUUCUUGCUUCGCACAGGGAUGGUGCACUGCCUGUCAGAGAUUGAGGUCUUGGCCAUCAUCUUUGCUGCAGCCAUCCAUGACUACGAGCACACAGGCACUACCAACAGCUUCCACAUCCAGACCAAGUCAGAAUGUGCCAUCCUAUACAAUGAUCGCUCAGUGCUGGAGAAUCACCACAUCAGCUCUGUUUUCCGAAUGAUGCAGGAUGACGAGAUGAACAUUUUCAUCAAUCUCACCAGGGAUGAGUUUGUAGAGCUGCGGGCCUUGGUCAUCGAGAUGGUGUUGGCCACAGACAUGUCCUGCCAUUUCCAGCAAGUGAAGUCCAUGAAGACAGCCUUGCAGCAACUGGAGAGGAUUGACAAGCCCAAGGCCCUGUCUCUGCUGCUCCAUGCUGCUGACAUCAGCCAUCCAACCAAGCAGUGGUCAGUCCACAGCCGCUGGACUAAGGCCCUUAUGGAGGAAUUUUUCCGUCAGGGUGACAAGGAGGCAGAGCUGGGCCUGCCAUUUUCUCCACUCUGUGAUCGCACUUCCACUCUUGUGGCACAGUCUCAGAUUGGUUUCAUUGACUUCAUUGUGGAGCCCACAUUCUCUGUGCUCACUGAUGUGGCAGAGAAGAGUGUGCAGCCCCUGGCAGAUGAGGACUCCAAGUCUAAAAAUCAGCCCAGCUUCCAGUGGCGCCAGCCCUCUUUGGAUGUGGAAGUGGGAGAGCCCAACCCUGAUGUGAUCAGCUUCCGUUCCACCUGGACCAAGUACAUUCAGGAAAACAAGCAGAAAUGGAAGGAACGAGCAGCAAGUGGCAUCACCAACCAGAUGUCCAUUGAUGGGCUAUCGCCAUGCGAGGAGGAAGAGGCCCCACCCUCCCCUGCUGAAGAUGAGCACAACCAGAAUGGGAAUCUGGACUAGCCCUGGGGUGGCCCAGGUCCUCAUUGAGUCUAAAGUCUUCGAUGUCAUCAGCACCAUCCAUCGGGACUGGCUCCCCCAUCUGCUCCAAGGGAGCCCAGAGGUCGUGGAACAGAUAACCCACCUGAAGGCCAAAUGCCAGAGAUUGUGGGGUUGGGGGAAGGGCCCCCUCCCCACCUGGAACCCAUUGGGGUGCACUUUAAUCUCCCGGCAGCAAGAAUGGGGAACUUCAGUCUCCCAGUGGUCACUGUGCCCAUCCCCCUGCCUCUGGACUCCCCCCAUGGUCAUUUGGCUGAGAAGGGGGAGCUUCCUAGGGGUUUCCCCAGGGCUUGGGGGGAGGGUCAGAGAUGCCAGCCCCCCUGGCCCUCCCCUAUCCUUUUUUGCCUCCAAGUUUCUAAGCAAUACAUUUUGGGGGUUCCCUCAGCCCCCCACCCCAGAUCUUAGCUGGCAGGUCUGGGUCUCCCUUCUCCUCUGGGAGAGGUGGGAAUAGGACAGAAAGCUGGGGGUUUUCAGAGCCCUUACAUAUGGGGAGGGGAGUGGGCUCCUUCAGGGCAUGGUACCUUUCUAGGACCUGGGAAUAGAGGCCAUCCUUUUUACCCAAGACCUGCAUUGCUUCAGCCCCAUCCCUUGUCUGACCCUCUGCAAUCACCCCUCUCCCCCAUUCUGAAAUGGAAACUGGGAAGAGAGGAGCCAUUGGGACCAGGGGCUGAGAGGAGGCCUUCUCUGGGUCCUUGCCCUGGCUGAGUCCUAAGCCCUUUGCCUCUUCCUACCAGGGCUGGGAGGUUCCCAUCCGACCAAUGUUUGUAAAGUGCUUUGAGGUCUCCACAGCAAAGCACCUUCAGGAUGCAUCUUAUGAGCAAGGCAGGAGACCAGCUGGGUGGGGGUCAAGGGUGCAGUGGGGAGGGUGAGGCAUAAUCCAAUAAUCCCGUGUUGCUAACAGAGAGGGUCCCUCUUCGUCCCCAGCCUCCUGAACUGGCCCAGCUGCAGGUACCUAGAGGCCCCUCCCCUGGGACAAAUGAGGAAUGGCUGGUGGAAGGCUAAUGGGGAAGGGACUCAGAGCUGCUGCUGUCAAGCUCUCUGAAUGGAGCACAACCCAGCCCAGUGUCCCUUCCUCUCCUCAGGCUCCUCCUCACCUCCACCUUGCCCCAGGAAAGGCCAAAGUCCAGGUGACUUCCCUCCUCCUUUCUUGUAAAUACCAACCAUGCAUUUGUACAGUGGGCCCUGUUCGUGUGGAGUUCAUAUCCAUGGUCCCUGACACUUGUCUUUCCCACCCCCCAAGGGGGGCAGAGACGCAUGUGACUCACCCGUCCUUGGUCUCCCAGACCCUGUUAUAGCCAGAGAUCAAUAAAGAAGGGAGAC